AUGUUUCAGCAGGGCGAAAACUCCAACGGCGACGACUCCAGCAGUCUGACGAUCGUGGACAACUACCACCACAACCAGUCCAGUGACCAGUACGACAGUGGCGAUAAUGACAAUCGGCCGACGGAGGUGCUGCGCGAGCAGGACCGCUUCCUGCCCAUCGCCAACAUCUCGCGCAUCAUGAAGCGAAGCAUUCCCACCACGGGGAAGAUCGCCAAGGAGGCCAAAGAGUGCGUCCAGGAGUGUGUCAGCGAGUUCGUCAGCUUCAUCACCAGCGAGGCGAGCGACCGGUGCAAGCAGGAGAAGAGAAAGACGAUCAACGGCGAGGACAUUCUCUUCGCCAUGGCCACACUUGGCUUUGACAAUUAUAUUGAGCCGCUGAAGAUGUACCUGAUCAAGUACCGGGAGUUCACUAUGCGCAAUGAGAAGUCAAGCGAGGCGACGAAGGAGUCGGCCCACCACGAUCCGAAGGAUGAUACCAGCAAUGACUCGUCAGCGUACCACCACGACGAGGAGGACUCCUAUGGUGGCGACAGGUAG